AUGUGGGCAUGCCUAGCCAAACUCCCCACAGCUAAAGGAGAGGAGGCCUUGAGGUCAGAGAAGACGCCUGGAGGGUCCAAGCCUGAUUCACCACAGCCUAACUCCCCACAGUCAGAGAAGACGCCUGGAGGGUCCAAGCCUGACUCACCACAGCCUAACUCCCCACAGUCAGAGAAGACGCCUGGAGGGUCCAAGCCUGAUUCACCACAGCCUAACUCCCCACAGUCAGAGAAGACGCCUGGAGGGUCCAAGCCUGAUUCACCACAGCCUAACUCCCCACAGUCAGAGAAGACGCCUGGAGGGUCCAAGCCUGACUCACCACAGCCUAACUCCCCACAGUCAGAGAAGACGCCUGGAGGGUUCAAGCCUGACUCCCUACAGCCAGAGGGGAGGAGGACUGGAGGGUCCAUGCCUGACUCACCACAGUCAGAGAAGACGCCUGGAGGGUUCAAGCCUGACUCCCUACAGCCAGAGGAGAGGAGGACUGGAGGGUCCAUGCCUGACUUCCCACAGUCAGAGAAGACGCCUGGAGGGUUCAAGCCUGACUCCCUACAGCCAGAGGAGAGGAGGACUGGAGGGUCCAUGCCUGACUCACCACAGUCAGAGAAGACGCCUGGAGGGUUCAAGCCUGACUCCCUACAGCCAGAGGAGAGGAGGACUGGAGGGUCCAUGCCUGACUCCCCACAGUCAGAGAAGACGCCUGGAGAGUUCAGGCCUAACUCCCCAAAACCAGAGGAGAGGACACCUGGAGGGUGCAAGCCUAACUCCCCACUGUCAGAGGAGAGGCGGCCUGGGGGGUACAAGCCUACCCCUAACUUGCCAAAACCAGAGGAGAGGACACCUGGAGGGUCCAAGCCUGACUCCCCACAGCCAGAGGACAGGAGGCCAGGAGGGUCCAAGCCUGACUCACCACAGUCAGAGGAGAGGCGGCCUGGGGGGUACAAGCCUGACUCCCUACAGCCAGAGGAGAGGAGGCCAGGAGGGUUCCUCUGA